AUGCAGGAGGAGGAGGAGAAGCCAGCUGCAGGCCCCCUCGAAGCUCCGACAAGCACUGUGACGUACACCAAUUUAGGGUGCACCAGAGAUGGUCGGAGAGUGAAGGGAACAAAGCGUACUUUGUCUUACAGGCCGUGUGGCAUCCCAGUAAAACCCCUCUUUCCCAGUCAGAGACAGUUUAAGAACCUCGAGCUCCCCAAGUGGCUCACAGAGAGGCCCCGGAAUGGCCCAGAAGAACCUCAAGAACCAGGGGAGGAAGGAGCACGCCGGCCUCUGCCUGCGGGAGCGCAGCCUCUGGCCGGCCGGGCACAGCAGAACGGGCACCGCCUGCCCACGGGAAGCCCCCGUCAGAAACCAAGCCAGGCCAACUCAAGGGAGAACUGUGAGCAGGGGAAACGCCUGGGCUGUCUCUGCGCUCCGGGCCCUCUCCGGGCAGCCGGCACCCCGAGCUUUCCUCUCCCCAGGUUCGGUUCCCCUGGCCCGGGCAGCUGGACUCGCCGGGGAGCAGGCAGAGCCUGUCAGUCCCGAGGCGUUCUCCUCUUAGCAGCCGGGUGUUUGAAGGAGGGAGAGGUCCCGGUGCAGAGCGCCCCCUGGAGCCCAGGCCGAGCAGCAGCCCUUGCAGAGGGCCUUCCCAGCCGGCCCUCCGCGCUUGCCUUCCGGCCCACGCACCGAACCUCUCCUGCCGCUUGGCUCGCGUGCUCACCCCUCACUGGAACAGAGCGGGCCGCUUAUUUUGGUGAGAAGGAAAAUGCUUCCCUCAGAGCCGGCUCUGAGGAGGUGGAGGCCCCCGCUGACUGGCCCCUGCCCUGCACGGCUGUGUCAGGGUCUUCACGGCCAGGAACGGCCAGGGAGGAAGUAGAGGGGCGCGAGACCGGACGGGCAGACUUCGCCGCUCCCGCCGCCCGCCUGUGCCCGGAAAGCCUUGGCCCAGGGGCCUGCCGCUGCCCAUCCCGCCCCUGCGCCCGGCCGGAGAGGGGCCGAAGAAAAGUGGCUGUCUCCGAAAGAAAAAGAAUCGAGCGCUUGGAGCUCCUUGGGCCCCGGCAGUUAUGCGUUUCCCUCGUAUUCUCCGCAGCCCGAGUCCUUCGCAGCACAGCUCGCCUGGGAGUCGCUGCGGCUCAUCGGAGUUGGCGGUGGCGGAGACUUGUGUUUGCUGUUUCCAUUCGGAACGUGCAUUGACUUUCCAAUUUCAACGUCUGGAAAAUUAGUGUACUGAGCAGCAAAGCCUCUGUUUACCUCCUUGAAUUGCUUCAGUAGGUCCAUCUUCUCCAGCAAGUUCUUCGGCGUCCUUUCCAGGAGCAUUCCAGGGCCGAGAAAGCGGGCUACGCCUCACCUCCUCCUCCUCGGGCCAAAGAUCUUAGAGUCGCUGCUCAUCUCAAUUUGGGAAAAAUUAAUUCAGGGACUAUCACUGGACUCACCAGAGAAUAAUUCACGUAACAAAGUCGUAAUGAUUGUCCUCAGUUGGAUGAUGGUCAGUGACUGUCUGAUCAUAUGUAAUGAGUGUAUAUAAAAAUGUUUAUAUGGAAAUUGGGCUUUGUUCUUUGAAACAAGAUAAUGGAAAAAUAAAGCAUUUUUGGUUAAACACAUGAA